ACUACUUUUUUUUUUACUGUUGUCUUUAGGAUAUGCCAGAAUCUUUAGAAUUACCAGCGGAAUAUGCGCGUUACCACCGACUACUUACAAUUGGGAAUUUUACUGCUAGUUUAUCGUCCCAGCAACAAAAGGCUCUAGGCAGAUUCCAGAGGAGACUACCCAGAGUGCCGCUGGACCGGAGACCAAAAAGGAGCUGGAGAGAGUGGAGGCGGAACUGGAGCAAGAUAGGCAACCCCCCCAAGGGAAGCCCCACCCUACUGCGGAAGUGCAGUGAAUGCCAUCUGUGAUGAACUCUCAUGAAGCCGCACACGGGAGCUGACGUCCGCAGGAGACACCACUGCAGACCCAGGACAGUAGAGGAGCAGGGUCUUCUUCAAACACUGGAGACUUACCCUCCCCCUGACCCAAAUAACAUCCCACAUCAGUCACCAGCAAUGUCCAGUCGCAGGAAAUCCUCCACCCCCUGCAUGAUCCGGGUUAGUGACAUAAUAGAGCAGGAUGACUCUGAAGAAAUGGAAGUGUCCACUGCCAAUGUGACCAACAAUGGGUCUUCAGAGUCUGUGGAAAAUCAAGACCAUACAGUACAAGACACUAUAGAAGAUCUAGGAAGUGAGAUUGAAACAAAAGUUGUGGCGGAAGCUGAUCCUAUGCCCCAACUGAGGCAGCAUGGAAGUUAUGAGUGCAAAUACUGUCCGUUCUCCACCCAGAAACUCAACGACUUCAAAGAGCACGUAGACUCCAGUCACCCCAAUGUCAUACUCAACCCCCUCUAUCUUUGUGCCGUGUGCAACUUCAGCACCAAAAAGUUUGACUCUCUUACAGACCACAAUGAGACCCAACACCCUGGAGAGACCAACUUCAAGUUCAAGAGGGUAAAAAUAAAUAACCAGACUAUCUUGGAGCAGACAAUCGAAGGCAAGACCAAUUCAGUUCUCUGCAAUACUGUAGACGGACAAGGCGUUGUCACUUUUCCACCGAGCAAACCAAUUAAGGGGAAUAUCGGAAAGCCAAACAUGGACAACAUACAGUCCCUCUACCAAGGGAAUGAUUUGGAAAAGAGGUUGCAAAACUUUAUUCCAAAAGAUCAAAUCACAGCUGUGAACAUAAACGGCACAAUGAUCAUCCCUGAACCAACAAUCAUUCAAGGGCUUUCGUAUGUAAUGCCAUUGCUUCAAAGACCACCCAACUUCUGUUCUGUACCAACAAUUGCUGUUCCUCUGAACUCUACCAAAUAUAAUCCUUCACUGGACAAUAACACAACCCUAAUGACAUCUUUUAACAAAUUCCCUUACCCAACCCAUGCUGAGCUGUCCUGGCUAACUGCUGCGUCCAAGCACCCAGAGGAGCAAAUAAAGGUGUGGUUCACUACCCAACGGCUAAAGCAAGGCAUCACCUGGUCACCAGAGGAAGUCGAGGAAGCCAGGAAGAAAAUGUUUAAUGGCUCCAUCCCACCCAUACAUCAGACCUUCACCGUUCUGCCUACCCCAAUCUCUCAGGCUGCCAAAGCCACCCAGCCCCUUAUUCAGACUAGCUUUGGGCAGUCUAAUCUAGUACUGACAAGUAUUGCUAAUGGAUCAACCAUGACCUGUGCUCCUGUUGCAGUGACUGUAGCCAGUUUUGUGCAACCUCUCAAGCGACCCCUGACAACUCCUUCAUUCGCCCCAGAAUUAAAGCGCCCCAUGGCGGCCCCUGCAGAAGACCCAAAGGAGAAGAUACUAAUGGCCCCUCCUCCAGUUCCACAAAAAGAGAGACUUCCCAUGGCCCCACCCCCAGUGCCCCCAGAAUUAAAGAGAUCUGUAGCAUUUCCUAUUAUCGCCUCGGAGAUGAAAAGGUCCUUGGCAGCACCUCUCAUGGUUUCUAAAGGAAAACUGCCCUUGGCCACUCCACUUGUGAACCCCAAAAACAAGCUGCCAAUGGCACCUUCUCCAGUCUUCCCUAAGAUGAAGAGACCUAUUGUCACCCCUCAAUUCAAGAGUUACAUGCAGCCUCCUCCUUCAUUAGUUUCCAAAGACAAACUUCCAAUCACCCACUCUCUAUUGGCUUCAGACUUAAAGUUACCAAUCUCACCCCCUCUCAUUGCCCCUCAAGUGAGGAGGCCAACAAUAAUCCAGUCCGUGUGGACUCCCCUCAAGGGCCCGUUCCAACUCCCUAGCUUUUACCAAGACAGCAAGAAAACAAAAACGCAAAUAACAGAGAUGAAGGCCAGAUAUGUCAGAGGACGUCUCUCAGAGGACAAAGUGCUCACCCCUCUUGGGGAAGCCAAUGGUGUCUCUCGUGGGGAUGCAAAGUGGGUUCAUGACCAAGGGCCUCAUGCACAGAACGGCAUUCUACAGUUGUACAACGAGCUAGCAUCAAAACCAGAACAGCAACAAUCAGUUCAGACUCAAUUUCCACUCUUGGAGAGAAUGAAAGGGAAGACUUCUGAGCAGUUGAAGAUUCUAGAAGAGAACUUCCAGAAAAACAGCUCUCCAACAUACAAUGACGUUGACAAUCUAGUGACUGCAACCCAACUGUCGCGGGAGGAAAUUGACAGCUGGUUUUUAGAGCGCCGGGCGCUGCGUGACAACCUUGAACAAGCUCUUCUAAACUCCAUGGGCUCAAAGAGACUCAACGUUGAUAAGCGUCAGCAACAACACGGACCGCUGAAUGGUGUGCACAAGCAAGGUGGCCAUCCAAGAAGCUCUCCCUUUGCCAUCAUUGCCCCCACCACCACUUGCUCAGUGCCUCUAGACAGCAAAUCCUUGGCUCUUCUGAAGGAUGUUUUUGCACAAACUCGGUGGCCUUCCCCUGAAGAAUACAAUCAGCUUGAGGCCCAGACAAGCCUGGCUCGCACAGAAAUCGUCCGCUGGUUCAAGGACAGUAGGUCAGCACUGAAGAGUGGGACCUUGGAGUGGAUGGAGUUUUUCCAUAAACUGAACAGCAGUGGGCAAAAUGGCGAGGGGGCGCUACUGAGCACAGAGAAUGCUUUCAGCAUAAUCCAGCGCUACCAGGAAGUAAAGGCACCCAAGGUGGAGGAUAUUGGGAGGCUAACGGAGCAUGCCAGUCUUAGCAGCCAGGAGAUCAAGGAAUGGUUUGCCAGCAAAUUGAGACAAAACACAUCUGAUAUCAGCCAGAAUUGUGGCCAAAAUGGAGGCUCUCGAGAGGGGUUCGGGAGCUGGAUGGAAGAAACCAAGGGGAUGGAUGCACGCAUGGGUGCUAAGGAGCUGGUCUCGGACAAAGACAGGAUGAUGGAGGAUGCUUCUGGAAGGGUGACUGGAUAAAGGGUGAGAACCGUUGCCACUGUCAGUUGCACACAGGAGCUGAAAAGGAAAGAGUUUAAUUAUUGAAUAUUGUAUUUUCUGAACAAAUUAUUUCUUGCUUGUUCCAUCCCAGUUUGUGCCCAACAUUUCCUCAAGGUUGAGUUAACUUUGUAGAACGUUUUCAAAAACAUGGUGGUAAUGUUGUGUGUGAUUUAGGAUGAGGUAGAAGGCACAGUGCAGUGAAUGUGUGCCUGAAGCACUGACCAGGUGGUGAUCGUUGAGUGCCAAAGCUGGAUUUGCUGUGUUAUUACACUUUUAAAAAAAGGAUUCUUGUAAAUAUAUUUUUUCUGUGUUGCUACAGAUUUGUACAAUUUUGGGGGAAUUUUGUUACAUUUUAUAAUGGGAGCAACUUGCCCCUUUUUUUCGCUCCAGCGGAUCUUAAGUGGUCUGUCCUACAUUUUGUAAUGAAACACCAUGAACCACUACAACCGUUGGCAAUACUUCAGUCCAUUUUCCAAUGCUGAACUUCCGUUGCAGUUCCCUCCUGUCAGGUGGACUUAUAUCAAAUCAAACUAUUUACGGUUCUGAAGUGCUAUUGUACUCCCUGGACUCUAAGCCAACCUGCACUUUGGUAAGGAACAUGCUUGUUUGACCAAGUGAUGUUGUGGAUCAUUGUUAGAGAAAAGAAACGGUCAGUGGCAAAACCAGAAAGAAAUAAUCACAUUGAAACAAAUCCAGAAUCAUGCUGCCUGCCUGUAUCAUAUUCUAAUCUUUCUCUUUUGAUUUAUUUGUUGUCCUGCAAAUGAACAUACACAUCUGUAAUAGCCUUUAUACCUACGUACAUGUUGACUUAAUAGAAGUAGUGCUAGUUCCAUUCCGACAUUAGAAACAAACCAAUACAAGCUCUUUAUGUACCGCUUUAGAGUCAUGGUCAGGACAUAGUGCCUUCGAGAAAGUAUUCAGACCCCUUGACUUUUUCCACAUUUUGUUACGUUACAGCCUUAUUCUAAAAUUGAUUAAAUAAAACAUUUCUGUAAUCUGCACUAGAGGUCGACCGAUUAUGAUUUUUCAACGCCGAUACCGAUUAAUCGGCCGAUUUAUUUAAAAAAAAAAAAAACUUUUAUGUAUUACAUUAAUGACAAUUACAACAAUACUGAAUGAACACUUAUUUUAACUUAAUAUAAUACAUCAAUAAAAAUCCAUUUAGCCUCAAAUAAAUAAUGAAACAUGUUCAAUUUGGUUUAAAUAAUGCAAAAACAAAGUGUUGGAAGAAAGUAAAAGUGCAACAUGUGCCAUGUAAAAAAAACUAACGUUUAAGUUCUUUGCUCAGAACAUGAGAACAUAUGAAAGCUGGUGGUUCCUUUAUAAAAUGAGACUUAAAUAUUCCAACGUAAGAGGUAUUAGGUUGUAGUUAAUAUAGUAUUUAUAGGACUAUUUCUCUCUCUACCAUUUGUAUUUCAUAUACCUUUAACUAUUGCAUGUUCUUAUAGGCACUUUAGUAUUGCCAGUGUAACAGUAUAGCUUCCGUCCCUCUCCUCGCCCCUGCCUGGGCUCGAACCAGGAACACAUCGACAACAGCCACCCUCGAAGCAUCGUUACCCAUCGCUCCACAAAAUCCACGGCCCUUGCAGAGCAAAGGGAACAACUACUCCAAGUCUCAGAGCGAGUGACGUUUGAAACGCUAUUAGCGCGCACCCCGCUAACUAGCUAGCCAUUUCACAUCGGUUACACCAGCCUAAUCUCGGGAGUUGAUAGGCUUGAAGUCAUAAACAGCUCAAUGCUUGAAGCACAGCGACGAGCUGCUGGCAAAACGCACGAAAGUGCUGUUUGAAUGAAUGCUUACGAGCCUGCUGCUGCCUACCACCGCUCAGUCAGACUGCUCUAUCAAAUCAUAGACUUAAUUAUAAGAUAACACACAGAAAGACGAACCUUUGGCCAUUAAUAUGGUCGAAUCAGGAAACUAUCAUUUCGAAAACCAAACGUUUAUUUCAUUGAAAUACGGAACCGUUCCAUAUUUUAUCUAACGGGUGGCAUCCCUAAGUCUAAAUAUUGCUGUUACAUUGUACAACCUUCAAUGUUAUGUCAUAAUUACGUAAAAUUCUGGUAUAUUAGUUCGCAACGAGCCAGGCGGUCCAAAUUGUUGCAUAUACCCUGACUCUGCGUGCAAUGAACGCAAGAGAAGUGACACAAUUUCACCUAGUUAAUAUUGCCUGCUAACCUGGAUUUCUUUUAGCUAAAUAUGCAGGUUUAAAAAUAUAUGCUUCUGUGUAUUGAUUUUAAGAAAGGCAUUGGUGUUUAUGGUUAGGUACAGUCUUGCAACAAUUGUGCUUUUUUCCGCAAAUGUGCUUUUGUUAAAUCAUCCCCCGUUUGGCGAAGUUGGCUGUCUUUGUUAGGAAGAAAUAGUCUUCACACAAUUCUCAAACGAGCCAGGCGGCCCAAACUGCUGCAUAUACCCUGACUCUGUUGCAAGAGAAGUGACACAAUUUACCUAGUUAAAAUAAUUCAAAGGUUUAAAAAAUAAAUACCGCUUUCCGAUUAUGAAAACUUGAAAUCGGCCCUAAUUAAUCGGCCAUUCCAAAUAAUUGGUCGACCUAUAAUCUGCACACAGUACCCCAUAAUGGCAAAGUGAAAACAGGUUUUUAGAAAUGUUUGCAAAUGUAUUAAACAUUUCUUCAGCAUUGAAGAUCUCCAAGAACACAGUGGCCUACAUCAUUCUUAAAUGGAAGACGUUUUGAAUCACCAAGACUCUUCCUAGAGCUGGCUGCCCGGCCAAACUGAUCAAUCGGGAGAAGUGCCUUGGUCAGGGAGGUGACCAAGAACCCGAUGGUCACUCUGAAAGAGCUCCAGAGUUCCUCUGUGGAGAUGGUUGUCCUUCUGGAAGGUUCUCUCAUCUCUGCAGCACUCCACCAAUCAGGCCUAUAUGGUAGAGGGGCCAGACGGAAGCCACUCCUCAGUAAAAGGCACAUGACAGCCUGCUUGGAGUUUGCCAAAAGGCACCUAAAGACUCUCAUACCAUGAGAAUCAAGAUUCUCUGGACUGAUGAAACCAAGAUUCAACACUUUGGCCUGAAUGCCAAGUGUCACGUCUGUCGGAAACUUGGCACCAUCCCUACGGUGAUGCAUGGUGUUGGCAGCAUAAUGCUUUGGAUGUUUUUCAGUAGCAAAGACCAGGAGACUAGUCAGGAUCAAGGCAAAGAUGAAAAGAGCAAAGAUUCGAGAGAUCCUUGAUGAAAACAUGCUCAGGACCUCCGACUAGGGUGUAGGUUCAACUUCCAACAUGACAACGCCCCUAAGCACACAGCCAAGACAAUGCAAGAGUGUCUUCGGGACAAGUCACUGAAUGUUCUUGAGUGGUCCCGCCAGAGCCCGGACUUGAACCUGAUCUAACAUCUCUGCAGAGACCUGAAAAUAGCUGCGCAGCAACACUCCCCAUUCAACCUGGCAGAGCUUGAGAGGAUCUGCAGAGAAGAAUGAGAGAAACUCCCCAAAUACAGGUGUGCCUAGCCUGUAGUGUCAUACCCAAGAAGACUCGAGGCUGUAAUCCCUGCCAAAGGUUUUCAACAAAGUACUGAGUAAAGGGUCUGAAUACUUAUGUAAAUACGAUAUUUCAGGUUUUUUAAUUAGCAAAAAUGUACCUGUUUUUACAUUCUUAUUCUGGGGUAUUGUGUGUAGAUUGGGGGUAUAUUGGACUAAUCCAAUUUAGAUUAAGGCUGUAACUUUACAAAAUGUGUAAAGUCAAGGGGUCUGAAUACUUUCCGAAGGCACUGUAUAACAAGAAAUACUCCACUUAUACCAAGAUCCUGCUUACUCUUUUCAAAAACCAGUUACUCUUUUCAAAAACCAGUUGUCUGCUGUAAUCCAAUAAAACAGAGCCUUUUUAAAGGUAA